AUGGAUCUGCUCGGCGCGGAAUCUGAGUUGGCGCCCUCCGCUUUAGCGGAAGACUCGCGUCACGCCUACUUCAUGCAGGAAGCUCUGUCAAUGGGUGAAAAGGCACUGGAGUCAGGCGAGACCCCCGUCGGAUGUGUCCUGGUCUACAAAGACCAAAUUGUGGGACGGGGCAUGAAUGACACCAAUCGGUCCAUGAAUGGAACGCGACAUGCCGAAUUUCUUGCGAUUGCAGAGUUGCUGCGAACCUAUCCCAGAUCCACUUUGCAAGAGACCGAUCUCUACGUGACGGUCGAGCCGUGUGUCAUGUGUGCUUCAGCUCUCAAGCAGUAUCGAAUCCGCCGCGUGUACUACGGCUGCGCUAAUGACCGAUUCGGAGGUACUGGAGGUGUGCUGAAGCUGCAUUCCGAUCCCUCCCUUGAUCCACAAUAUCCCGUGCACGGUGGACUGUUUCAAAAGGAAGCCAUUAUGCUUCUCCGCCGCUUCUACAUCCAGGAGAAUGACAAAGCGCCCAACCCGCGGCCUAAGAAAAAUCGCGAGCUUAAUACGACUUUCGAGGACAAAGAUUAA